AUGCCUUCCAUCCCAACCUCCAACGCGUCCUUCGAUGAUGAUGCCGAGAAGGGCGUGGCUAGCAUCUACCCUGGAGAUAUCGCCAUCACCUUUAGCAACGAGAAGAAGGACGUGACCAUCGAACAAGUCCUCCCCGUCGCUGCAGCGUCUGAGACAAACGAAGAGCUAGCUGCUAAGCCUGUACAGACAGCCAGCAAACCGGCGAAGAAAAAGGUUUCGAAAUGGAUUUUGUGGCAGUUGUGGUUCAAUACAUAUCGGAAACUCUUCACUAUCGUUUUCAUUGCCAACGUCAUCAUGUUCGGCUUUGCUGUCUCCGGUCGUUGGCACUAUGCCAGAAAGUAUGGCGGCGCUAUGGCCGUUGGCAACUUCAAUGUUGCGGUUCUGGUACGGAACGAGAUAUUCGGCCGCUGUUUGUAUCUUUUUGUCAAUACGUGCUUCGCGAAGUGGACACCUCUUCGAUGGCGGCUCAUGUGCACCUCUAUCCUCCAGCAUCUAGGGGGAAUCCACUCCGGCUGCGCGAUCUCCGGCAUCAUUUGGCUGAUCCUGCGAACUGUUGAUGUUUUCCGGGCUCACAAGGAAGAGCAUGCCGUGGUUCUGGCGUUCGGCGUCCUGACAUGCGUCACAAUGGUGAUCACAGCAGUUGCGGCUCUUCCGUGGGUUCGCAACACGCAUCACAACGUCUUCGAACGUUGGCACCGUUUCAUGGGGUGGUUCUCAUUGGUCCUGACUUGGAUGUUCGUCCUGCUCGGCGACCUAUGGGAUACGACAACCAAGCAAUGGAAUCUCGGCGGGGAGCACAUUGUCAAACAGCAAGACUUUUGGUAUGUCAUGUGCAUGACCGCCUGGAUUGCUCUCCCCUGGAUAUGCACGCGUAAGGUCCCCGUCGAGGUUGAGCUUCCAUCCAACAAGGUUGCAGUCCUGCGCUUCGAGCGGGGCAUGCAGCAAAGCUUGCUGGCGCGCAUCAGCCGAAGCGCGGUGAAGGAGUACCACGCCUUCGGUAUUAUCUCAGAAGGGACGCACGCAAAGUAUCACUAUCUUGUCUGCGGUGUCCAAGGCGACUUCACACGUAGCCUGGUCAAUGACCCGCCUAAGUACAUUUGGACCCGUGAACUCAAGUUUGCAGGCGUCUCGAACACAUCGGCGCUGUACAAGCGCGGCAUCCGUAUCUGUACAGGUACGGGCAUCGGGGCCGCGCUCUCUACGUGUAUACAGUCGCCAAAUUGGUUCCUCAUCUGGAUAGGCUCGGAUCAGGAAAAGACGUUCGGUCCGACCAUUAGCGGGCUCAUCAAGAGUAACAUCGAACCGGAGCGCUACCUUCUAUGGGAUAGCAAGGUGCGCGGUGGGCGCCCCGACACGCGGAAGAUCCUCAAAGAAGUAUACAAGUCUUUCAAUGCUGAAGUCGUGUUCAUCACUUCUAACUACACUGGGAAUUCGGAAAUGAUGCAGGCGUGCAAGGAGGAGGGCAUUCCAUGCUUUGGCACACUGUGGGAUUUCGUAAGUGCAGAUAGAUCUCUCACAGGUCGAGGCUUACAGGCAUAUGGUUGGGGCUAG